CAGGAGAGAGCUAUGCAGCUAGCUAGGUGCUCGGUCGUUUUCUUCUUCGAGUUUGAGGGAUUGCUACUGCGAUUUGACGAAGAAGAAGAAGAGGAGGAAUCUGAAUGGGGUACGUACAAGAGGCGCGAGAGAAUCAUGUCAAGAAGAAAGUGGAAGAAGGUCUAGUGCAUAUUUUUUCCAAGCCCUAAUUUUUUCAUAAUCAAUUUGCAGUUGUACGCUUUUUUCUUUGCGCAGCAAAAAUCUCUGUCGUUUGGCAGUGUCGGAAGCAAGCUAAAGAAUUGAAUGAUUGUCUUCAUCAAUUCACUAAUGAUACAGUUCUGGAGGAAAUGAAGAAAGACUACAUGCUACAACAUGGUGUGGAGGGCACUGCUAGAGUCUAGCCUAGUUAAAUGCCGAUGUGAAUGCCAAAGAUUGUCAUAUGCUCAAUUAAGCUGGUGCAUGGUGCAUUCGAACCAUCUUUGUGUUUGUAAACUUUCCAGAAAUUUGGAUUCAGUUAGAACAAGAAUGAAAGAACUUCCAAAAUGUUUGAUGAUUCUUGCGCAUGAAAUAUUCUAGUAGUCGAAGGAAUUGAAGUCAGGACUUGAGAGGUUAUUUGAGGGGAAAUAGAUAUAUUGAGUUUUAGUCUUGA